AUGGCAUAUACCUUCCUUCGUGCGGAUGUUUUAACGACUGUCUUAUCGAGUGUUCCAAAGGAGGAAAUUGCAAUUGUCCCAAGAACUGCGACCCGAAAUACGAGUGCAAGUGUGGAUGUACGAACGAUUGUAUUAGAAAUUGUCCUUAUGGGGAAACCUGUAUCUGUACACUGCAAUGUGAUGCGAAAUAUGCAUGCCCUACUUACAUGUAGCUACUACCAUUUCGUAGCAGCUGUAUACGUAUAUGUAUGCAUUGUCGACAAACGUAUAAGAUUCGGAGGCUGGGUUUGA